CGACACGGCUGGGGUCCCCCUCCCCUCCCUUCCCUCCCUCCCAUCCCCCCCUCCCCGAGACCCACAGACCCCGAACCCAGGGUGACGCUCCCCGGCCCCCCAACCCCCUCCCCGGCAUCAUGCAUCGGACCACACGGAUCAAAAUCACGGAGCUGAACCCUCACCUCAUGUGUGCCCUCUGCGGGGGGUACUUCAUCGACGCCACCACCAUCGUGGAGUGCUUGCAUUCCUUCUGCAAAACCUGCAUCGUGCGCUACCUGGAGACCAACAAGUACUGCCCCAUGUGUGACGUGCAGGUCCAUAAAACCCGGCCGCUGCUGAGCAUCAGAUCUGACAAGACCCUCCAAGACAUAGUCUACAAAUUGGUCCCUGGGCUUUUUAAAGAUGAGAUGAAACGGCGGCGGGAUUUCUAUGCAGCGUACCCCCUGACGGAAGUCCCCAACGGCUCCAAUGAGGACCGUGGUGAGGUCCUGGAGCAGGAGAAGGGGGCUCUGAGUGAUGACGAGAUUGUCAGCCUCUCUAUCGAGUUCUACGAAACUGUCAGGGACCGGGAGGAGAAGAAGGGCCCCUUGGAGAAUGGAGAUGGGGACAAGGAGAAGACAGGGGUGCGCUUCCUGCGAUGCCCAGCAGCCAUGACCGUCAUGCAUCUCGCCAAGUUUCUCCGCAAUAAGAUGGAUGUGCCCAGCAAGUACAAGGUGGAAGUUCUUUACGAGGACGAGCCGCUGAAGGAAUACUACACCCUCAUGGACAUCGCCUACAUCUACCCCUGGCGGCGGAACGGCCCUCUCCCCCUCAAGUACCGGGUUCAGCCAGCCUGCAAGCGGCUCACCUUGCCCACGGCACCCACCCCCUCCGAGGGCACCAACACCAGCGGGGCGUCAGAGUGUGAGUCAGUCAGCGACAAGGCUCCCAGCCCUGCCACCCUGCCGGCCACCUCCUCCUCCCUGCCCAGCCCAGCCACCCCCUCCCAUGGCUCUCCCAGCUCCCAUGGGCCCCCAGCCACCCAUCCUACCUCCCCAACUCCCCCUUCAGCAGCCAGUGGGGUCAGCACAGCUACCAACGGGGGCGCCUCGAACUGCCUGCAGACGCCAUCCUCCACCAGCAGGGGGCGCAAGAUGACUGUCAAUGGAGCUCCUGUGCCCCCCUUAACUUGAGGAAAGGGACCUUUCCCUCCUUUUCCAGCCAUGCCUCUCCACCCCUCCACUUUUUCUGGGCUUCUGUUUCCACCUCUUCUAC